AUGUCUUCAGUGGCCGCUCUACACGUGACGCAUCCUUACGACGCAGCCAGCCUGUCGCUCACAGACCGAUUCAUCGAUGAGCCACGGCGUCUACGCCUUGCCGUCAUUGGCGGUGGAGUUGCCGGCAUUCUAGCUGGCAUCUUGCUGCCGGCCAAGGUUCCUGGUUUGAUGCUGACCAUUUAUGACAAGAAUGAGGAUUUUGGAGGAACGUGGCUAGAAAAUGUGUAUCCGGGCGUGCGCUGCGAUACGCCUGCUCAUGUCUACCAAGCCACAUUCGCUCCCAAGACGGAUUGGUCCGAACCGUUUCCGCCGGGAAUCGAGAUUCGGAAUUACUGGCAAUCCGUCGCGCGCAAACACGACGUGUACCGAUAUGCCAAGUUCAAGCACAGAGUCGAGGCUGCUUCGUGGAACGCCCAUCAAGGGAGGUGGCUCCUGAAAAUACUCAACACCGACACGAAUGGUGCCGCCUGCGAAAAGUUUGACCUUGUUCUCACAUGCAUUGGGCGGUUCAACGCUUGGAGGCUUCCGGAUAUUCCGGGCAUUGCCGCCUAUCGAGGCGUACUGCGCCAUACUUCAAACUGGGACCCAUCCUUCGAUCCAAGAGGGAAAAGGGUCGCCGUCAUAGGCAACGGGGCCAGUGGUGUCCAGAUUGUUCCCAGUCUGCAGAAAGUCCUAUGGCAAAAACACAAAGAGUCGCUUGAUGAUCCGGAGAGCUAUGUAGCAUUCAGGAAGAGCGUCGAGGACAAGUCCUGGCGCGGGUUCCGGUCUAUCCUCCGCGGAUCCGAGGAAAAUGCGAGCCUCAGAGAGAGCUUCAUGGGCAUUAUGAGGGAGCGCCUGGCGAAGAGGCCAGAAUUGCGCGACGGCUUUGCCCCGGACUUCUCGCCAAACUGUCGCCGGCUGACACCGGGCCCUGGCUAUCUCGAAGCCAUCGUGGCGGAUAACGUGACUUACACCCAGACACCCAUCAGGCGAUUUACUGCCACUGGCAUCGAGACGCGCGAUGGGAUCCACCGAGAGGUUGAUGCCGUCUUUUGUGCCACGGGCGCUGAUACGGCCGUGGCACCCCAGUUCUGCAUCUCGGCCAACGGGCAGAAUCUGCGUGACCUGUGGAAACCAGGCGGCGAGCCCGGAUUCCCAUAUACCUAUCUUGGAUUGGCCACUCCCGGCUUUCCCAAUCUGCUCUUUGUCCACGGGCCGAACGGAAUCAGUGCUUCGGGCACUGUUCCGCAUGCUUUCGAAACCCAGCUGACAUACGUUGCAAAGCUGUUGCGAAAGGUCUCGAGGGAAGGCAUCAAGUCCAUCGACGCCUCUUGCGGGGCGGCUGACGACUUCGUUGCGUAUUCAGACGCCUUCUUCAAAGAGACGGUGCUUACCGAUGGAUGCAACUCGUCGUACAAUGGCGGUCGCCCAGGCACAAGGAUCCAUGGUUUCUGGCCCGGCAGCGCGGCGCAUCUGGCCAUGGUGCGAAGAGAGCCGCGGUGGGAGGAUUGGAACUAUCGCUAUCUAUCCGACUCGGGAAACAGGUUCUUGUGGUACUUGGGCAAUGGCUUGACCAAGAAAGAGGGCGAUCCAGACGCGGACAUGACGUCGUAUCUGCAAACCCCGGAACGGACAGACCUAAGAGACAUUCAUGAGAGUUGGUGGCGGAUACCGUAG